AUUUUGGAGGCGAUCCGCAUUACGAUCCCCACCACGAUCACCACCACGAUCAUCAUUACGAUCAUCAUUACGAUCCCCACUACGACCCGCACCACCAUCAUCAUUACUAGGGAGUAAUAAAAUUCGGAAACAAAUGUGUUUCAAGCCUGAGAAUUACCUUAUUAUCCAAAAUAAAGCUAAAUAUCGUGAGCAAUUGCCAAUUCGCAUGGGAGGGGGAAGUACUCAAGCAGCAAUUCGCACCUUUCGGCAGGUGAAAUUCGAUUACUUUGUUUGUCUACGCUGUGAUUGAAAUCCCCAAAAUCGCAGCACCACCGUGCUUAAAAGCCAGCAGCCCUCCACAGAUUUGUCAGUCAGUUGUGAAAUCUUGCCAGAAACAUGAAAGCUGUAAUCGCUCUCCUCGGACUUCUGUUCUGCAUUGCCGGAGCGAUGAGUACGCCGGUUGUAGUUGGGUUGCCGCUGCCCCUGCCGAUUGGCGUAGGAUUCGGAAUACCCCCUCCGCCGCCUCCUCCGCCACCCUACGGGUACUACCCCUCCCCCUAUCACCACCACCACCAUCAUUCUCCCGGAUACGGCUACGACUACGGAUACAACAGCUAUGGAUAUUGAAAAUAUUUUUGAAUUUAUCACCGAAACACAAAUAAAUCUUUAUUUAUAAUUUAUUUAUGUAAAAUAAGCAAGGUCCUUUAGGUCAAUUUGAAAUGUUAUAAGCACGAAAAUAAUCGUUUUUUAAAAAAUAUUUGAUCCUUGUAUGAUUUCAUAAUUUUAAUCAAAUGUUAUAAAUAUUUAUGGAAUUUGUAUUUCAUUUGAAUGUAGAAAUCUUUGGUAUUUAAAUCAAACAGUUUAUAAGCCAUAAAAUUACCAUUUAAAUCAUACAAUUUCGCUACCACUAAAUAAAUAAAACACUUACCUCCCAAAUAAGAAAGAAAUUAAGCAACGCAAUCGUGGACUGUCUAUAAGUUCUUAAGCAUAUGUAAGUCAUGGUACACUUUCACGAUAGCCGAGCUUGCACUUUCCAGGGAAAUGUGCUUUCCGCUGGGCCAUUUAUGGCAACUUGCCAUAACCCCAUUUUCUUGCCACAAAGCUCCGCAACGCCGAAGCUUCGGAAGCUUGCCCUUUGCACUUGGCUGGCUGCAACGACCUUGAAUGCAGCAAAGACCCCAAGAACAACAACCCACUGGGGGAGUGAAUCAAUGCAGGGAAAUUCAAUGUCAGUGCCAAAGCUCCGUAGGCAUUUAGCCGCUUCCAAAACGAAAUGGUAUACUUUCGGGCACUCGGCACAUUACGUAUACGUCGGUGGUCAGUGAAAGGCGCGAUGGUGGGUGGGCGAUUCGUUAUUGAAGCAAUAAAUAUGUAAGAAGAAAACAGAAUCGGGGGAGAUAAACACGGCACUCGCGAGAAAUUGCGACAGGGCAGUGAGACAAAUUUAGCCGAGUCAAAAUCUGAACCGCAUCGAAGGAGAUUCUCGGCGGAGAGCAAACUGUUGCUGCUGCUUCUGGUGGUGCUGCCACUGGGCCUGAGCCACUGGGUGGCUGUGGUGGCGCUGGUGGCGGUGGCAGUUUUUGUUUGGCGGGUGGCGGUGCCAAAUGAUGAUCAUGACCGCGUAGAGACGCAGAUAAAUAUAAUUGAAACACCACCAACUUAUAAGCAAAUAAAACCCGACGACGCCACCGUAGUGCGGGCAUUGUGUAACUGCAACGGCAUCGCCAGCAUGAACAAAACGAUUCUGCACUGGAGCUACCUGAACUUCAAGGAUGUGCCGAUGGACCUCUUCCUCUACGAGGACCUCGAGGAGGUCUAUCUCAAGGAGAACUUCAUAUCGGUGAUCCCCAAGUGGCUGCUGAACAUCACGACCCUCAAGUUCAUCCACCUGGCGGGCAACAAUCUCAGCGAACUGCCCACGGACAUCUACAUGCUGGAGAACCUGGAGUUCCUGGACGUGUCCAACAAUGAGCUGCGCGAGCUGCCGCCCACCCUUGGUCUCCUGUUGAAUCUCCAGCAGCUGAAUGUGUCGGGCAACCAGCUCACCGAACUUCCAGUGGAACUGAGCAGCCUGCGCAAUCUGGAGCACCUGAACAUCGCCAAGAACCAAUUCCGCCGACUGCCCAUCCAGCUGAGCGAGUGCGUCCGCCUCAACGAGCUGAACGUGAGCGACAACGAGGCGCUGCUCCACAUCCCUGAGCGCAUUUCGAACCUGCCCAUGCUGCAGUCCCUCGCCGCCGAUCGCUGCGCUCUCGUCUACCUGCCGGCCGCCCUCUCCAAGUUCAUGAACCACGUGCGCAUCUUCCACAACACAGCCAUCAACUACAUACCCAUGGUCUACGAGAGGUUCUACCAAAAUUUCUACGACAACCGCCAGAGAAGCACUCCCAUCGCCGUUCGUCGCAAGGGUCUUUUUUGGGUCCGCGAGCUGGAGACGAACACCAGGCUGUUACUUCCGGUGGGCACCCGCACAGUAUUUCCGGUUCCCUCGACGGAGAACCGGGUCACGCUCUACGACGACUGUGUGCACGCCCUCCAGUCGCUGAACCGCUCCUUGCCCGUCUACGAGAACGCCGCCCUGCACCGCCUGCUCCCGGAGCCGUAUAUCAGUUCCCACAUCAACAACGGACCCAUCGCCCGCUGCACGAACUCCACCUGCUCCAGAUGUCUGUACACCUCAUACUACUUCAUGGUCGUGAAGAGGCUCAAACCUGAUUCAUUCACAUUGCAUCGAAACUUAAGGCGUGGCAGCACUUCCAAGCAACUUUUCACCUGCAAUUUCUGCACCAACCGAUGCGCGCUCCUCUGGCUGACGAGCAAUGACAAGAAGUACUACCAACUGAAUUGGCGAGUGUCAGAUGAUGACGACGAUGACGAGGAACUCGUGUCCAGUGGCAAGUAGAGCCAGUGGAAAUUGCCCGACCUCGUUGUAUAUAGUCAUACAUGUUUAAUUAUUUAAUUAUUAUCUUUAAUUACCAUUAAUUAGUUUUGUACAUGUCAUGUAAAUGCUAUUGAACUACUGGCAACCGGCGCCAUGUGUCCAAAGAGAAAGCCCCCGAUAAUCUAACCCUAGGCUUAAACAAAACUCUGUGUGGGUCCCCGUUCGUGGAGGUGUACGUAGUCGUCCAAAACGCACUUACGGGCCUCGGGGAAGGCCUUUCGACAGUCGACACCGUGACGACCCAUCCUGAAGGCAUCCAAGUACCGACCGUCCAGCGUUCGAUGAGGUCUGAGGAUAAAAGUGUUACACCUGCUUCGAGUCCAAUUGGAAGUCGGCUUACCUCAAAAGCCUGUGUAGUAUUUGAGCGUAGAGUCCACUGUGCUCGUCCACCUGACCGUUCUCGCAGAUCAAUCGGUCCAGGCAGGCGCUUCCAUUCUGACCCAGUUGAUUCAUAUAGCCCUCGACGAACUUGAAUAGCAGAAGCUGGGGUUCAUCCACCAAAAGACGAUCAGGCACCGACGGAGGAGCUGGCUGGGUCUCAGGUCCCUUGAGACUUCUAGAACCAUCCCAGAGCUUCCACCAGUAGAUGGGGGUUUGCGGCUCAUUGAACUGGUAGUGGAAGUUCAUCAGCCAGACCAACUGGCGCCAGACCUUCUUCUCCAUCAACGGAACCGGAAAUGCACAGCCCGUUACAAACUGUUGAGAUACAAAUUAUUAUUAUUCGCAAUACUCAAUAAAUAUUUGAUGUCCAACCUUGACAA